UAAUUUGUGUUAUCUCUAGCCAUUCUUAGUUAAUGUAAUCAACGCAUGCGUGCUAAUAUAUACAAUGACCGGUUAACGCAUAAAUGCCAUUUAGCUACUUUAACUGGUCUGAUAAGAAUUGUACAGAUUUUGUAAACUAAAUUAUUUAAUAAUAAACUUUCAAUGGUGGGCUGCACACGUUUUAUGUACGUAUUAAUAAUGAAGUAAUCAAAUACAUUUGAUUGAAAAUUCACAGGGACGUUAAAACUAUGCUGAUAAUUCAAACGUGAUGAAACAGACAAUCGGACUUUGAAAAACCGAUCAAACCGGAAGAUUUCUUCACUUGCAAAUAAAACACGACUGGUCAAGAAUGAAGUAUCGGCUUAUUAUUAAUAUACUUUUUGGACUUUUAAUUUUUAAUUUGUUUUUGGAAUUGAAAGCAAUUCAUGGAAAAUUUCUCGGUGGUACGAUUUCUUGGAUGGUACUUCAGAACAAGCUUCGUCUGACAUACCGCCUGGCAUGGGAAAAAGGGACAGGACCUUGUGGCCCCGGAUGUAACAUCUCUGACGUAGGAAAGGAAGUAUCAUACUUCAGUACGGAAAUUGCGAAACUUAAAUGGGUGGACGAAAAUGGAACCAUUCUACAUGACGUAAGCUACGUUUUGACGUCAGUCAGUCGAUCAGAUAUGAAUGGUUGGGAACAAGGGGAGGCAAUGUUUAAAGCUGGACUUCCAGCCACUCCUAUGUUUGUGAGGUUGAAACACAUUCCAUGGAUUAUGUCGUCAAACACAUUAGCCAAUGACAAUGGUAUGCUGGAGACGGUGAUAAUAACUGACUUAAGAAGUGACAAGGGCACAAGUAACCAGAGUCCGUAUUCUUCUCUGCCGUCCUUUCUGGGAAUCGCGCACAACUGCACGAGCGUGAUCGAAAUCCCUGCCGAGGACCCGGAUGGAGACAAGGUGAGGUGUCGGUGGGCGGAGCCAAGCGAGUGCGGGGGAGGAUGCACAAACCUGCCAAUCAACUCCGUCUGGCUUGAUCCGGGCACAUGCAAAGUGACCGUUAAUACAGAACGAUAUGAUGUUAAUGGCACCUACCGACUCGCAGUAAUGCUUGAGGAUUACGUACCAUACAAGGUGAACGUCGGGUCUAAACAGCAUAGCGCGGGAACUGCGUUUAGCAAAACGCCUUGGCAGAUGACCCUACGAAUAAUACGAGUUGCCUGUGACAAUACACUAAGGCCAGAGUUUGUAUCCCCAACGGUGAAAGAUAAUGUUCGAGUCGUCUAUACAAAAGACAUGUAUAACGACAGAAUACCUGUGCAUAUUCCGUACUAUCUGACAAAACUAAAGAUCAAUGGAAGCUUGGAUUUUAUGAUCAGUGGUCCGAGUUUAAUGAAAUAUGUCUAUGAAAGCGACGACUUGAAUAGAACAGAUGUAAUGAGGUUAAGUGUAGUCUGGACACCAAAACCUCCUGACCAGAAAGCAGACUUUCAGUUUUGUGUGUGGGGCGUUGAUUCUAUUGGACUAACGUCAAAACCAAAGUGUGUUCUAGACAUAGUUUUUGAUAACGAUAAUUGUAGUCAAGUGAAAUGUGAAAAUAAUGGAACCUGUCGGAAUAUAUUCGACAAUCCACUAGAAAGUUGUGUGUGUGACACUGGAUAUGUAGGCAAAAACUGCACUCAAGCAAUACAGUGCCAAGAUGCUCCGUGUUUGAACAAUGGAACUUGCUUUCCCUCGAAUGGAUCAUUCAUAUGCACAUGUGAAAGAGAGUACACAGGCAUUCACUGUGAGAAUCGUAUCACUGCCUGCACCUCCGCACCGUGCCAGAAUGGGGGCAUGUGCCUGGAUCAACCAGGAUCAUUCCUGUGUAUAUGUCCAAUAAUUUUUAUCGGUCAUCUUUGUGAAAUAAGCUUUACGACAACGGCAAAGUCUACAAUAGUGUCUUCAACAUAUGGACCGAACAUUACACAAACAACGACAUCGUCUACAAGCAUGUCAACAUUUACAGCCUCACAGACUUCGUAUGCAAGCAAGCCAACCACUAUAUCACAAACUGUGACAUUAGCUUCAAGCAGACCAACUAUUACAUCGCAAACAACGGUAACGACAAUAAGUAAAACAACAGCAACGAUAUCAGUAACAACAACUUCGUCCGCACUGUUCAUGGCAUCUUUGACCAGUAUAUCUGCAACUGUUACAGCACCUGCUUUAACAUUGAAACUAUCAUCAACCACCUUACCUGAAGAUUAUUUAGAUCAGCAUACUCCGCUUUUCUGGGGAAUAAUAGCCGUGCUGUGUGCUCUGGCUGUGGUGGCUUUGAUUGUUGCCAUCGUCAUUGUGAAGAAGAUCGUGCAAGUGAAGCCUCAAGACACCGCUCCAUCCACAUCCACUCCAGUGACGCAUAUUUCAAAUGUUGGACUAAACUUUUAAACAAAAAGCUUAUUUUAAAUUUGUUGUUGACGAAUGUCAUUUCGCAUUAUACUGUCGGUUUAGCGCUGCAUAAAAAACUCUAAUAGAGAGUUAUUAUUGGCUGCUUGGUAGAAAAUCGUCAUUAACUAUUCUAAUGUUUAACUUUGUGAGUGUAUAUCAAAUAUUUUAUAAGAAGGUAUAUAGAUUUGUCUGUGUUAAGAUUUAUGUCGGGAACACAUCUAGCUGACCUCUUAUUCUAUAUCAUCUGAUAAUGUUAAUUCGUUGAUAUCAUAUUGGAUUAUAUGAGGUAAAUCUGUUGAAAAAUGAUUUCGAUUUUCUCGAACAGUUUACGGCUUAUCUCAGUGAAGCUAUUGGCCAUCAACAGUAAAACCGGAAAUAUCAUAAGUAUAUUUAAUCAAAAUUGCGAGAUUAAAUGCCAGUAAUAAAAAUACGUAAUGGAUUCAUUUAUAAUGUAUGUACACACGUUGGUUGAAAUGUCAUGAUUUAAUUUUCACAAACACAAAAUUUAUGCUUUUAUUAUGUACCACUGACACAAUUUUAAAUACUUUUUAACGAGGUAUUAAGUCAUCAAAUAUAAAAUAUUGAAUAUCCAAUAAAAACUACGCCGCUAUCUUACCCCAUAUCUCGUUUAUGUAAGAAAUCAGACAGUAAGAAUUAUUCAAGACAUCGCCUUAAGAAACAAAAGUACUUGGUGCGAAAGCAAUGUAUAAUUGUCUGUAUCCUUAGCAUGAAAUUCACUUACACCCCUGUCUAAACAGCUGUUUUAAAGAAAGUAUACGAUUAAAUCUUCACAAAAUCGUUCUUAUCUGCUAUUUUAAAACGUGAUGUUUUGUAUUCGGUAAGGGGUUCAUAACAAUAAGUUUCUAAUGUUCUCAACAAUGAACUGAUCGACCCAAUCUCACUGAGUAUGUCCUCAACUGGAAUAUUUAUAUUUUUUAUGUUAUAUUGACAACUGUAGCCUGUCUGAAGUGUCAUGUCUUCAUGGUGAAAAACAUAUGCUUUUGCGCAUUCUCUUGUAGCCAUGGUUUAAGAAAGGAAAUUGAGUGUUUUACUUGAAAAAUAAGAACACAUAAUAUAAAAUGUCGAGAAACGUUAUAUAUGUAACACAAAAUACAGAAACACUAUAAUACAGAAAUGGCUAAACCAUGAAUAGUGUAAACUGUCAGUAGAUUAAAAAAUAUUGUAUAAUUGUGAAAAUUAUAUAGGAUAUAAUACAAACAGUGUAUCGGAAUAAUUUAGUUAUCGAGAACUGCAGAAGUUUGCAUUCAUCAGCAUUAAUUUGUAAUAUGCCCAAUAUACUAAGAAACGGAUACAAAGUGGUAGAACCUUCGCACUUUAAGAAAGUUUAAAUUAAGUUUUAUUUCUAAAAGUGUAUUAUUCUUUCUUUUACUACCUUCCUUUGAAUCGCUGUGAAUAAUAACUUGAAACAACAUGUUGCUCUUUCUCGCGUAACUGCAUAAAUUACGAGACAAUACCAUAAACCUAUUUAAUUAGCAAUUACCUUUACUAUGCAGCCUAUUUAUUAAAAUCUUAUGAUUAAGCUAAAAAAAAAUGUAUGCAUCACGCUGAUAACAAAGUGACUGAAAUAAAAUGUUAUACAACGGCGUCUUUUGUAAAUUGGUGUCCAAAAUGAAAAAUCGCGUUGCAUGGAAAUAGAUCAGAUGUUAUGGUGUUAAUCUUUGGUGAGUUGAUUAAUCAGAUCGUCGACGCGUCGUCAACGAAUUGCUGCUGACGCGACGAUGACGAUGACAAUUUCGAGUCGACGAAAAGUUGACGAAUUUUUUACCGUACCCUCAUUCGAUAUUUUUUUAACACACCAUUUCUGUUUUCCGCUCAACUGAAACGAGCUUUUAUUAUUGGAUAAAACAACCCCUUUAAACCAAUCAGCGAUCGUAAUAUGGAUGUGUAUAGGCAAUUCAAGAUGUCGGUCAGAAACGAAUUUGUUUUAAGUGGUCUAGAAACUAUUAUCAUAAGGUCCAUAUUUAAGUAGAUAUUUUCAUAUUCUUCGAUAAUGAUCAUAAAAGUUGUUCUUUUGAAAUAAAAUAACUUUUUAAA